AUGUCCAAGAGGAAGUUAGGGCAUGAUGGAAAUUCCCACGAAUUGGAUGAAGAAGAAGAAGAAGAAGAAGAAGAUGAUGAUGAUGAAUUAAUUCAUUCAACACAAGAUCAAGAUAGACCACAUAAACAACAAAGAGUUGAAAAUGGAAAACAAAUGACACCAACAAAGCAACACCAACAACAACAACAACAACAACCAAUUUCAAAUGGUAGAUUAAAAAAAUUAAAAGCUCAAUCAAGUGAUGAAGAGAGUGGUUCAAGUGAAGAUGAUGAUGAAGAUGUUGAGGAUGUGGAUUCAUCUGGAAGUGAUAGUGGUAGUAGUGAUGAUGAUGAUGAUGAUGAUGAUGAUGAUGAUGAUGAUGAUGGUAACUCUGAAGAUGAAAGAGAGGCGGUUAGAAGAGAACAACAAUUGAAAAGUGGUGUAACAGAACCUGAAGCUGGUAUCAUAGAAAGUAUAACAUUGGAGAAUUUCAUGUGUCAUCGUCAUUUUAAACUUGAUUUCUGUUCAAAUGUAAAUUUUAUUGCUGGUGAAAAUGGUAGUGGUAAAAGUGCAGUUUUAAUUGCAUUAAUCGUUUGUUUAGGUGCAAAAGCUGGUUUUACAAAUAGAGGUAGUAAAUUAUCUGAUUUAGUAAAAGCUGAAACAAAUACUGCAGUAAUUACAGUUAAAUUAAGAAAUCAAGGUCAAGAAGCAUUUAAACCAGAGAAAUAUGGUAAAUCAGUUAUUAUUGAAAGAAGAAUUAGUAGAACUGGUUCAAGUGGAUAUAAAGUUAAAGAUUAUAAUGGUAAAACGGUUUCAGAUAAAUUUAAUGAUGUAUCAUUGAUUUUAGAACAAUUUAAUAUUCAAAUUGAUAAUCCAAUGUCAAUUUUAACUCAAGAUACCAGUAGACAAUUCUUAAAUUCUGCUGGUCCACAAGAUAAAUAUAAAUCAUUCCUUAUGGCAACACAAUUAGAUAAAAUGACCAAAGAUUAUACAACAAUUAGAGAACAUAUUGAUAAAAUUAAAGAUAUGUUAAGUCAAAAAGUUGUUGUAAUUCAAGAAUUAGAAAAAAAAGUUAGAGAAUAUAAUAAAGAAUAUAAAGAUUUACAACAAAUGGUUGGAUUAGAGAGAAAGAUUAGUGAAUUUAAGAAUCAAUUAGCAUGGAGUUUUGUUGUUGAAUCAGAGAGAGAAGCAAAGAGAAAAGAGAAACAAGUUGCAGAAGCAGAGGAGAGAUCUUUUGAUAAUGAUAUUAGAAAAGUUGAUGAAACCAUUGAGACAUAUAAUAAAUCAAUUGAAGACAUUAAAAAGGAUAUUAAAGAAUUUACAGAUCAAAUUAAAAUACAGGAACAAAAGAAAGAGACAAACAAUAGAGAGAUAUUGACAAUCGAAAGAGAAGAGGCAAAGAUUCAAACUCAAAUUGAAGCAAACAAUAAAAAGAGACAACAAAGAAAACAACGUCGUCAUCUUCAACUUCAAUCGAUUAAUGAAAUCAAAGAGAGAAAUGCUCAAUUGGCAAAUAAUCAAUCGAAAUUGGAUGAGAUUAAAAAGAAAGGUCAACAAAAACUUCAAUUGGAGGCAAGAAAGGAGGAAUUAAUUAAAGAAAAAGAGGAUCUAAUGCGAGAUAGAGAGAAUUUAAAGAGAGAUCAUCAAAAUCAACGUACAAUCACCCAACAGAUGAAUAGAGAGUAUGAAGGGUUGAGAGUACAAUUAAACAAUUUAAGAUCAACUCAAAAAGGUGAAAAUCAAGCCUAUGGCAAAGGUAUGACCGAUUUUCUUCAUAAAAUUGAAGCAAGUCGUCGUAAUUUCUCAAAGUUACCCAUUGGACCCAUUGGUUUAAGUUUAAAGAUAAAGAAUGAAAGUUGGGCAUUCGCUAUUGAAUCGGCAAUCUCAAAGGCUACACUUAGAAACUUUUUGGUAUUUUCCAUUCCAGAUGGUAUUACCCUUCAAAAGCUGGGUCAUCAGUUUGGUAUUAAAGUUGAUUAUACGAAAAUACCCGAAACCACUGAAGUCUAUAAAACUGUGGAACAUGAUGAAUUGGAUCCAUCUUUAGCUACAGUGUUACGUGUUCUCGAUUCACCUUCUCAUUUCAUUAUUAAUUUCUUAAUUGAUACUAAAAAAGUUGAACAAAUUGGGUUGGGUAAUGAUCGUAAAGAGAUUGAUUCUGUAUUGUACACUGAUAGAUGUCCACGUGGGUUAUCUCAAUUCUUUGAUCCACAAGGUAACAAUUAUUCCAAAACCAAGAGUGGUAAUCCAUUCUAUCAAGCUGCAAAGAAUUCUGGUGAGGCCACCAUGUUACGUGUAAAUUCUGAUGCUGCUAUUCAACGUACUCAAAGGGAUAUGGAAUCGAAAUUACCAGCAUUAAAUCAACAGAAAAAGAUUGAACAAGAAUUGAGUAGUGAUGUUCAAGCCAUUGAACAUAAAAUCAGUCAAAAUGAUCAAGAUCAAAAUCAAUGUUCUCGUAAAAUCCUACAAAUCACUAAUGAGAUUAAAUCGAUCGAAGAUACAUUGGUUCAACAAACUGAUGAUUAUUCAGAGUUGGAAAUUGGUUUAGCUUCACUCGAUGAGGAAAUUAAAUCAAUGGAUGAGGAGAUCAAUAUUCAAAAAGCUCAACGUACUGAGGUUGCCGCUCAAAAAGGACCAUUCGCUGAAAAUAACAGAGCAUUGGAUGAUCAAAUCGAUGUUCUUUCCAAUCAGUUGGGUAAUAUUGAAAAUAAUUUAAGAAAAUUCAAUGAAGGUCUUAGAAAACUCAAUAACAAUAAACAAGCAUUGCUUCAACAACAAGGUAGAAGUGCUCAAGAAAGAGAUCAAUUCAAAGCUGAAUAUCAAAGAAUUUUAGAAAUUGUCAAAGAGAAAACCGAUAAAGCCACUCAAAUUUGUGAACGUAUUGAAAUACCAACCAAUGAAACCAAUACAACACUCACCAAUAAAAUCAUUCAAUAUACAAAACAACUAGAGAAAGAGUCCAGAGGUAAACGUUCAAGAACUGAAGCUUUGAAACUUUUCCAAGACGCAAAUAAUUCCCUCAAGGAGAUUUCAGAGCAACGUGAUAACAUUGAAGAAUUGGCAACCAUAUUGGAAAGAAAUUUGAAUGAACGUUAUAAGAAAUGGCAACGUUUCCGUCUUUCAAUCUCUCGUAGAUCCGAUCAAUACUUUAAUAUUUUCUUAUCAAAGAAAGGUUACACUGGUUCGUUGACUUUUGAUCAUCAAAAUGGUAAAUUGGAUAUCAAUGUCGAACUUCAAAAAGCUUUGCCUUCCAAUCAAAAUGGUACUGCCAAAGGUGAUACCAAAGGUUUGUCUGGUGGUGAACGUUCUUUCUCAACUGUAUCAUUAUUAUUGGCCUUCUGGGAGAAUAUGGAAUGUCCUUUCCGUGCAAUGGAUGAAUUCGAUGUUUUCAUGGAUGAAGUAAAUCGUUCAAUCUCUAUCAAUCUUUUAAUGUCAAAAGCUGAAGAAAAUAGAUCAAAACAAUAUAUUUUCGUUACACCUUUAGCACUAAAUCAUAUUAAAACCUCUGAAUAUGUUAAAGUUUUUAGAGUUCGUGCUCCUGUGAGAACUGGUGGUGAUGUAACUGUUGAAACUGAUUAA